UCUCCAGUGGGAGGUACAGGUCGAUCUGCAUUGAUUGGAAAAGAUAGAAUUAGUAGGCGAUAAGUGGAGCCAAGCCGAGAUAAAUAGUCAGUUUUCCGAAUUGAGUUGGGCGAAUUUCUCUUGUGUAAGGAUGACUCCGUCUCCAAAGCCUAAUCCAAAGCAUAUUGUACAAGGAGAGCCCCUCCCACCUCUGAAGAAGGGAGUUCCUCGUCUGUACAGUUUCCGGUUUUGCCCCUUUGCUCAUAGAGCUCGUUUGGUGCUGGCUGCCAAGAAUGUUGACUAUGAACUUGUCAACAUAAGCCUCUCUAAGAAACCAGAAUGGUACUUCUCAAAGAAUCCCUUUGGAACUACUCCAUGCUUUGAACAUGAUGAGAAGAUCGUGAGAGAUUCUACCCUUGUCUGUGAAUACGUGAAUGAUGCUUACCCCGAUCAUGGCAACCUAUGGCCAAGUGAUCCAUACAGAAAGGCUCAGGAUAAGAUGCUUCUGGAUUACUUUGGGAGCAAGAUAAGUCCACCAUUCUUCAAGGCCACGUACCAUCCGCCAGAAUCCCCUACUGAAGACUAUCUAGCCAUCUAUCAGAAGGAGCUCUAUGUUCUUGAAGAUGAGCUCAAGAAAAGAGGCACUGCUUUCUUCUUUGGCAACAGGCCAGGAUUAGUGGAUUACAUCAUGUGGCCAUGGUUUGAAAGGUGGACUGUCUUUGGAGAAGAGUUCAAACGAGACAAUUAUCCUACGCUAAUGGGAUACUGUGCUCGAAUGAAAGAAGACCCGGCUGUGAUAGAAGCGUCUACACCUGAUGAAAUCUAUCAAGAUCAAUUUAAGAGAUUGUUGGAGAAAAAUCCCCAGGAUGAUUACUAGGGCCUUGCCUUAUCUAUCGGCAUACAUCCUCAGGUUAAUCCAUUCAUUGAAACCCUCUCACUUCCAAAAACCAACUCAGGAUUCUAUGGAGAUCUUAAUUAAAACCAAGUUGUGAGACAUUUCAGAAAAACGCAUGAAAAUGAAACAAGACGAGGUAAUACUUUGUCUUGAUAAUUAAAAGAAGAAGGAAGGCAAAGAAAACGGAAGCUUUCAUGCCACUGUAUAUCUUUCGAUUAGUCUAUGACUCGAUUCUAGAAAAAAAUGUUCCCCUAAGAUAUAAACAAAUGGGAUACUCAUAUUUGAGGUUUAACUGUAACAUUGGUAAUUCAAGCCUAUAGUAAAGGUUUCAAAUUGUAGUCAAUUGUACAAUUGCUGUGGUGUCAUUAAAAUUUGAAAUUAUAUUUUUUAUUCUUCUAUAAAGGGCGGUAGUAAUAUAAUCAUGAAUUUAAAGAUGAAUGCCAGUUGUGGUAAUGAUCUCAAAAUGAGUUUGUUCAGAAUCCAAUUAAAUGACCA